AGAUCUUUCCCACAGGAAAAGGGGAGCAAAGCACGCGGGAUUCCUCUUCCUGGCUGUGUUAUCCCUCCUUCCUGACAUGAAUGGGACCCACAAGACUCCCAGAAGGUGAAGUCCAGGGCUCUCAGCCUCAUCAGGUUAUUAGGACAUCUGACCGGCACCCCAAAGGAGAACUGGACAGAGACUUGCAACAUACUAACAAGUUGAAAGGAGAUUAAAAAAAAAAAAAAACCACCAAAAAACAAAACCUUCAGCACUCAACCACCCAAGCCGGGAGCUGAGGGAAACAUCCUGGCCAGCACAGGCCGACUGGAGGCUGGAUGGGCUCUGGCUGAAGAGACAUCUGGAGAGUGAAAGUUAAGUACCAGCUUGGGUUUCUGUGCACCCAGAUCCUUUUCGCCUUUUUAGAUAAUCAGCCUCAAAUUCUGUGUCUCUCUCUACAAGUUCUUCUAGUGAUUCGUUUGAAGGUGAAUGUCUUUUAGGUUAACUACGAAGAGAAGGUAACUCCUAAGGAAGAAAGGGGAGAAAAAAGAAAAUUAGAGAAGAGUCUUUUUAAUGGGACUUCAGGUAGCGGAGGGUAUAUGUUUGUGAGGGAGUGUGCAUUUGAGAGGCUUUGGCAUAUGUCCAUGUGUCCCUCCUCUAGAAUCAGCAAGGGGAGGGGCUAUUGAAAAAGGGGGAAAAAAAAAAAGGAAACCUGAGCUCUCUGGAGGAAAUUCAAAGGAACCCAGAGAAAUGAACUUCAUUCUGCAAGGACUCAACUAGAGCAGGGAGAGGUAGAGGGAGAAGGGUGAGGGACGCGCGCCGGGCGAGGUGGAGAGGCCAGGCUGGCACAGCCCCCAACCGGGAAGCCAGGAGGGGCACUCUUUUGGGGCUGCUUGAAAAAGUUUGGUCCGUGAACAAAACCCUUUCCCCGGUGACUGCGAAUUCACGGCUGGCCGUCUCUCUCUUUCCCUUCCUCCCAUCAUUCUGGUGUGGUACCCAGGAGUGGAAUUCUGGUUCUGUGUACAGAGCUGGGGGACGGAGGGAUGCUGCACUUACAGGCCCUAAGGAUCAGCCUGGUGAUCCUGGCGGGGUGGGCCCUCAGCACGGCCAGCUCUGAGCCAGGCUGGACACGCAAGAGAUCCCUGGCUCAGCGGGGACGCCUGAAUCAGGUGCCGUCGGAAGGCGAGCGCUGUUGGCUGGGGGCCAAAGUGCGAAGACCCAGAGCUGCUCCCCAGUAUCACCUCUUUGGGGUCUACCCCAGCAGGCCUGGCAACUACCUGGGGCCCUACCCUGUGGGGGAUCAAGGUGCCCACCAGGCAGGACGCAGUCAGCCAACCGCCCAGGGAAGGGCUGUGAGCCACGUCCCCCCAGACCCGACUGCAAGAGCAGGAAUGAGCAGUGAGGCUGAGGAGCCAGCGGCCCCGUGGGUAGGGGAUGGUCCUAUUGGGCACUCGGAGCUGCUGGGGAAUGAUGACACUCAGCUUGACGAUGGCGGAUCCAAGGACUCUAUAGGUGAGGCUGGGACUCGGGAUUGCUUAGCUCCGGCUGUCACCAUUCCCACCAGCUUCGCACACCGGAAGGAACCCAAACCAGAGACCCGAAGGAAGGGUCGCACCAAGACCAGGCGUCGUCGCCAGGUGGUGAAGGGGCAGGCAGAGGGCGUGCAGAGAGACCCCGAUGCCUCUCCCCGGCAUUUCCAACCUUGGCCUAAGCGUCCCCUUGUGCCCGGGGUCAGAACCAGUCCUUUGGAGGACAGCGUCCAGAAUGGUGAAGCGGACCCCUCCAGGGAAGCAGAGACCUCAAACCCCCAUGGAGGAGGACUGCCUGUCUUGUACUUCUCGGGGAGGCGGGAGCGGCUGCUGCUGCGUCCAGAAGUGCUGGCUGAGAUUCCCCGGGAGGCGUUCACAGUGGAAGCCUGGGUGAAACCGGAGGGAGGACAGAACAACCCAGCCAUCAUCGCAGGUGUGUUUGAUAACUGCUCCCACACUGUCUGUGACAAGGGCUGGGCCCUGGGAAUCCGCUCCGGGAAGGACAUGAGAAGGCGAGAUCCUCGUUUCUUCUUCUCCCUUCGCACUGACCGCAUGAAGAAAGCCACCGUGGUGAUUGGCCACAGUCGCUACCAACCACGCACGUGGACCCAUGUGGCAGCCACUUACGACGGACGGCGUAUGGCCCUGUAUGUGGAUGGCACUCAGGUGGCAAGUAGUCUAGACCAGUCUGGUCCCCUGAACAGCCCCUUCAUGGCGUCUUGCCGCUCUUUGCUCCUGGGUGGGGACAGCUCUGAGAAAGGCCACCAUUUCCGUGGACACCUGGGCACACUGGUCUUCUGGUCCACGGCCCUCUCCCAAAGCCACCUCCAGCACGGUCCUCGGUACCCAAGCAUGGAGGAGCAGUUGGCCACCCUGAUCCUCACAGCCAGUUUCGAGCCCCUGGAAGAACAGUGGGCCCCCUUUCGAGAUGAGAAGUACCCACGGCUUGAGGUUCUCCAGGGCUUUGAGCCGGAGCCCGAGCUCCUGUCACCAUUGCAGCCCCCACUCUGUGGGCAAACGGCUUGUGACAACGUAGAACUGAUCUCCCAGUACAAUGGGCACUGGCCCCUACGGGGAGAGAAGGCGAUACGCUACCAGGUGGUGAACAUUUGUGACGACGAGGGCCUGAACCCCACCGUGAGUGAGGAGCAGAUCAGCCGGCAGCACGCGGCUCUGAAUGACGCCUUCAGCCGCUACAACAUUACGUGGCAGCUGAGCGUCCACCGGGUCCACAACUCCACCCUGCGCUCCCGGGCCGUGCUUGUCAACUGUGAGCCCAGCAAGAUUGGCAACGACCACUGUGACCCCGAGUGCGAGCACCCACUCACGGGCUAUGACGGCGGUGACUGCCGCCUGCAGGGCCGCUGCUACUCCUGGAACCGCAGGGAUGGGCUCUGCCACGUGGAGUGCAACAACAUGCUGAAUGACUUUGACGACGGCGAUUGCUGUGACCCUGAGGUGGCCGACGUGCGCAAAACCUGCUUCGACCCGGACUCGCCCAACAGGGCGUACAUGAGUGUGAAGGAGCUAAAGGAGGCGCUGCAGCUCAACAGCACCCACUUCCUCAACGUCUACUUUGCCAGCUCCGUAAGGGAAGACCUCGCAGGUGCUGCCACCUGGCCUUGGGACAAGGAAGCCAUCAGCCACCUGGGUGGCGUUGUCCUCAACCCAGCUUAUUAUGGCAUGCCUGGUCACAUCAAUAUCAUGAUCCAUGAGGUGGGACAUGUCCUGGGACUCUAUCAUGUCUUCAAAGGGGUCAGUGAAAGAGAAUCCUGCGACGACCCCUGUAGGGAGACGGUGCCAUCGAUGGAGACUGGAGACCUCUGUGCCGACACUGCCCCCACUCCCAAGAGUAAGCUGUGCCAGGACCCAGAGCCAACCAAUGACACCUGUGGCUUCACCCACUUCCCGGGGGCUCCAUUCAGCAACUAUAUGAGCUACACAGAUGACGACUGCACUGACAGCUUCACCCCUAACCAAGUGGCCCGGAUGCAUUGCUACUUGGACCUUGUAUAUCAGCAGUGGAGUCAAAGCCGAAAGCCCACCCCUAUUCCCAUCCCACCCGUGGUCAUCGGGCAGACCCACAAAUCCCUCACUAUCCACUGGCUGCCUCCCAUUAGUGGAGUUGUGUAUGACAGGGUCCUGGGCAGUGUGUGUGGUGCCUGCACUGAAGAUGGGACAUUCCGUCAGUAUGUGCACACGGCUUCCUCUCGGCGCGUGUGUGACUCCUCAGGUUACUGGACUCCCGAGGAGGCAGUGGGGCCUCCAGACGUGGAUCAGCCCUGUGAGCCAAGCUUGCAGGCCUGGAGUCCCGAGCUCCACCUGUACCAUAUGAAUAUGACAGUCCCCUGCCCUGCGGAAGGCUGUAGCCUGGAGCUGCUCUUCCAACACCCGGUCCAGGCCGACACGCUGACCCUGUGGGUCACCUACCUCUCCAUGGACUCCUCCCAGGCACUCUUUGACAUGGAGAUCUUGCUGGAACACCAGGAGUCUGUGCAUCUGGGCUCCUUCGACACUUUCUGCGACACCCCCCUCACUAUUAAACUGCACGUUGAUGGGAAGGUCCUGGGGGUGAAAGUCUACACGUUUGAUGAGCGGAUGGAGAUCGAUGCAGCUCUCCUGACUUCCCGGCCCCAGAAUCCCCUGUGCUCUGGCUGCAGGCCUGUGACGUACCAGGUCCUUCGUGAGCCGCCAUUUGCUGGUGGCUUGCCCGUGGUGGUGACGCAACCUCACAGGAAGUUCACGGACAUGGAGGUCACGCCUGGGCAGAUGUACCAAUACCAAGUUCAAGCUAUCGCGGGAGCAGAACUGGGAGAAGCCUCACCUCCUCUGAGCCACAUCCAUGGAGCUCCUUACUGUGGCGAUGGGAAGGUUGCAAGGAGCUUGGGAGAAGAGUGUGAUGACGGGGACCUUCUGAGUGGAGAUGGCUGCUCAAGGACAUGUGAGCGGGAGGAAGGCUUCGCCUGCGUAGGGGAGCCAAGCCUGUGCUAUGUCUAUGAGGGAGACGGGCUGUGUGAGUCUUUUGAGAAGGAGACCAGCCUUAAAGACUGUGGACUCUACACGCCCGACGGAUUCCUGGAUCAGUGGGCGACCCACGCUUACUCCUCUCAUGAAGACAAGAACAAGUGUCCCGUUUCCUUGGUAACAGGAGAACCUCAUUCCAUGAGUUGCACACCAUACCAUCCAGACUUACCAGAGCACCGCCACCUUACUGGCUGGUUUCCCUGUGUCACCAGUGGAAAUAGAUCUCGGGAUGAAGGGCGUGAGCAGCAAGAAGGUAGCCUGGAGAGAGAGCAUGAGGUCUGGCUCAAAGUGUGUUUCAGUAGACCAGGAGUGGACGGCAUUUUCAUCUUCUUGACGUCUGAUGGUCUGGUCUCCGGGAAACAUCAGCGGCCAACAGUAACCCUCCACCUGACUGAUUUCAGUGGCAACAACCACUCUCUUGGAACCUACAAACUGUCAUGCCAGCAUAACCCACUGGUUAUCAAUAUGACCCAUCACCCAAAUGUCCUCUCCCACCAUACCACCUCACUGCUGCUGAAUUUCUCCUCCCCAUUGGUGGGCAUCUCAGCGGUGGCUCUAAGGACGUCCUCCCACACAAGUCCUGCAGCUCCCAGUCACUGCAUCCCAGGGCACGAGGGGCAAAAUCAUCAGGGACUGAGCUGUGUUCACCAGCCCUGUGGGGAGCAGGGCAGCUGUGCCCCAUUGCUGCUUGAUCACGGAGUGGUGAACUGUACCUAAGGCCCAGGUCACAUGAAGUGCGCUAUCACCUGUCAAAGGGGAUUUGCCCUUCAGGUCAGCAAUGGGCAGUACCUCAGGCCCUUGAAGAAGGACAUUCUGCUCACGUGUUCCUCUGGGCACUGGGACCGGGCCGUGGCCUGUAUGCCCCUCGACUGUGGCGUUCCCGACCCGUCCUUGGUGAACUACGCAACCUUCUCCUGCUCAGAGGGAACAGACUUUCUGAAACGCUGCUCAGUAUCCUGCAUCCCACCAGCCAAGCUUCAAGGACUGAGCCCAUGGCUGACCUGUUUUGAAGAUGGGCUCUGGUCUCUCCCCGAAGCCUACUGCAAGCUGGAGUGUGAUGCACCCCCCGUUAUCCCGAACGCCGACGGGCUUCUGCCACGCUGCCUGCAGGGCCACCAUGAUGUGGGCUCCAUCUGCAGAUACGAAUGCAAACCGGGCUACUACGCGGCGGGAAGUACGGAGAGUAAAGUCAGGAACAAGUUCCUGAAGAUACAGUGCCUGGAGGAUGGCACCUGGGAGCAAGGCAGCUGUGUUCCAGUGGUGUGCAAGCCCCCUUCCCCUGUCUUUGAAGGCAUGUAUGAAUGCACCAAUGGCUUUGAGCUCAACAGCCAGUGUGUGCUCAACUGUAACCCGGAAAGUGAAAGGCUCUCCAUCCUGUGCACUAAGGAGGGCCUGUGGUCUGAGGAGUUCAGGUUGUGUGAGAAGCUGCAAGGGGAAUGUCCACCACCCCCGUCAGAGCUGAACUUCGUGGAGUACAAGUGUGAACAAGGAUAUGGGAUUGGUGCAGUGUGCUCCCCAUCGUGUAUAAUGCCCCCCAAUGAUCCCGUGAUUCUGCCAGAGAACAUCACUGCUGACACUCUGGAGCACUGGAUGGAGCCCAUCAAAGUUCAGAGCAUUGUGUGCACUGGACGGCGUCAGUGGCACCCAGACCCCUUCCUGAUCCACUGCAUCCAGUCGUGUGAGCCUUUCCAAGCAGACGGUUGGUGUGACACUAUCAACAACCGGGCCUAUUGCCAUUACGAUGGGGGUGACUGCUGCUCUUCCACACUGUCCUCCAAGAAGGUCAUCCCAUUUGCUGCUGACUGUGACCUGGAUGAAUGCACCUGCCGAGACCCCAAGGCGGAAGAAAAUCAGUAACUGUGGAAUCCAGCCCUCCUGCCACUGCCCUGGAGGCAGUAAGAAAGAGAGGCCUCCACAAAAGGAAACAGCAGGGGAAUGAAGGAGAAAGUUCGUGGAAUGAAGGAGGACGGGCAUGAAGGAGCUUGUAAAGAAGGCAGGAGGAUGUGUAUGGGUGCCAGCUGUUGCAUCAGGUAGCUCCAUUAGGGAAGAAUCACGGGCAAAGGUUUCUUCAAAGAGGCAGCUGAUUAAAAGUAGAAGGAGAAAUAUGACAGGUGUACAAGGACUCUCCUCUCUCAUUUAUAUUCUCUCCAGCCCCAUCCUUAACUCCUGCUUUCCUCCCGACUCUGAACCCUGCUAGCCCUUCAGCCCCACCCGACUUAUAAAUCAGUACCAAAAUCCUAGAAGAGAAGGGGCCGGGGACACUCUUCUCUUCAUACCCAUUUUGAAUGAAUUGCCACCUUUCAGGGCUCAGCUACUCGAAACCGGCUCUCUCCCUUUCUUUUGUGUAGUCUCCCUUAGUAAUAAUGAGGUUAGUUAUUCUUUAUAAGUAUUUAAACAUAAUUAUAUAAAUAUAUUAUAUAUAUAUAUUAUAUUUUUUGCUGUCUACUAAGCUAAAAAGUAUCCAUUGUUCCACACAUGCUGCUGUGAAGUUCACAUCCCAAAUAAAUGCUUUUGGUUUGAGGGUUUGAGGACCGAAAGACAAGUCCCCCUGCCAUCUUUCUCUGAUGGGCACUGACAGGUCAAGAGGGAAGUGGAGAAGGAGAGAGAGAGAUGAGAUGGACUUCUUUAUGCUAACGUGUCAGCUGAUCAUCUUUGUAUGAACUGGAAGCUGGGCCCACUUUGAGGCAAUGGGGGGGGGUUGGAAUGAUAAUUCUAAGAGGGAUGGAAAGUUGGGUGGGAGUACCCAUU